CGUGCGGAGAACCGCCGCCGAACCGCGCUACUUAAGCGGGCGGGCGCAGCGCGGCAGCCCCGCGGGGGAAUCCGGCGGGGGGGCGGGCGGGGGAAGACGCUAGUACUAGCAGCAGCAGCAGCAGUAAUAAUAAUCAUAGUCUAUAAGAGAACAAGACAAGCAGAGCCGAGAUGCUCCAUCCGUAACCCGCAGGCGGGGACAGGUUGUGAACUCGCCAAACACCUGAGCAAUAAAACACGACCGAACAAUUUCGAGGCGGGAGGGGAAGGGAGGGGGGGAAGAAAACUUUGCCGCAGCUCGGGCGUCUCGGGGGGGCGGGCGCGAUGCCGCCCUGGCUGCUCGGUAGCCUCUGCUGCGUGCUGGCGGCGCGGACGGCGCUGGGAGGCGGCUCCGCGGGAGCGGAGGAGGAGGAGAAGCUGAUCCGGGUGCUGGUGCUGCUGCCGCAGGACGACACCUACCUCUUCUCGCUGGGGCGGGUGCGUCCCGCCAUCGAGUACGCGGUGCGGAGCCUGCGGGAGAGCGGCGCCGGGCUCCCGCCCGGGUACACAUUCCAGCUCACCUACGAGGACUCGGCGUGCGGCAACCGCGCCCUGUUCAGCCUGGUGGACAUGGUGGCCCUGCAGCACCGCCGCCCCGACCUGCUGCUGGGGCCCGUCUGCGAGUACGCGGCGGCGCCGGUAGCGCGGCUGGCGGCGCACUGGGACGUGCCCAUGCUGUCGGCGGGGGCGCUGGCCGCGGGCUUCGGAGCCAAGGGCGGCGAGUACUCGCACCUCACCCGCGUCGCCCCGGCCUAUGCCAAGAUGGGCGAGAUGCUGCUGGCCCUAUUCCGCCACCACCAGUGGAGCCGGGCCACGCUGCUCUACAGCGACAGCAACCCCGAGCGCAGCUGCUACUUCGCCAUGGAGGGCGUCCAUGUGGUCUUCCAAGAGGAGGCCUUCCACAUGGCCGUGCACAGCUUCGACGAGAGCAGCCGGCACCUCGACAUCGACGACGUCGUUCGCGCCCUGCAGACCGGCGAGAGGGUUGUAAUCAUGUGUGCCAGAGGUGACACAAUCAGGGACAUCAUGCUGGCUGCUCAUCGGCAAGGAAUGACCAAUGGGGACUACGCUUUCUUCAAUAUUGAACUCUUCAACAGCUCAUCAUAUGGAAAUGGCUCUUGGAGAAGAGGAGACAAACAUGACCUUGAAGCCAAGAAAGCAUACUCAUACCUCCAAACCGUCACUCUGCUAAGGACCGUGAAGCCUGAGUUUGAGAAAUUUUCCCUGGAGGUGAAAAGUUCUGUUCAGAAGCAAGGUCUGCAUGAGGAUGACUAUGUGAACAUGUUUGUGGAAGGAUUCCAUGAUGCUAUUCUUCUUUAUGCUCUAGCUUUACAGGAAGUCCUGAAGUUUGGUUUCAGUAAGAAAGAUGGUGAAAAAAUUGUUCAGCAAACACGAAACAGAACAUAUGAAGGCAUUGCAGGGCAGGUGUCCAUUGAUGCCAAUGGAGACAGAUACGGGGAUUUCUCUGUGAUUGGAAUGACAGACCCAGAGGCAGGCAUACAGGAGGUGAUCGGGGACUACUACGGAAAGCAGGGGCGUUUUGAAAUUCGGCCAAAUGUGAAAUAUCCUUGGAAUCAUGGCAGGCUGCGACUAGAUGAAAGUCGGGUUUCAGAGCACACGAACAACACACCAUGUAAAUCAUCAGGUGGUCUAGGAGAAUCAGCAGUCACAGGAAUAGUUGUGGGUGCCUUGCUCGGAGCAGGAUUGCUAAUGGCUUUUUACUUUUUCAGAAAGAAAUACAGAAUAACUAUUGAGAGACGAACUCGACAGGAGGACUGUAACAUGGGGAAACAUCGGCAGUUACGUGAAGACUCCAUUAGAUCUCAUUUUUCUGCCGCAUAAAGAAGAAGAAAAAGAAUCCCAUUCUUCCUAGGAGAAAAAAGGAAUUAGAGAAAAAGACACAACCAAAGACAUCAGUGUAAAAAGAAGAGGCUCUUGAACUCACUCUUUUAAGCAGUAAUUUUGUCCUAAUUUCUUUCAGAAGCUCAGGAAUGAUUUACUAAUUACAUUGUGCCACAUGGCCUUUCAUCUCAUGAAAAAAGAAAAUGAUGCAGUUUGCUGUUACAGGACAUACCUAGUAUGUAAAGAUGGUAUUUCUUAAAGCAUAGAUUAAGGGGAGUGGAUCUGGGUUUAGUUGAUGGGGAAUGCCUCAUUCUAUUCCCUCUUUUUUCUUUUCUUAGCUCCUACCACCUCUUUCCUUAAUUGUAUCUCACACAUAGGUAUCAAAUAUGGUUUCACAGGCAGAGGUGUUGGUUGUUGUCAAAAGGAAGAAAGGGAUUCAGUUGGGGAUGAUUCUGCAUCACUGAAUCAUUGCCAUCGAUUAUAGGGGAUACACAAUUGGGCAAAUAGAGUUUAGUUCUGGGAGGGAACUGGCACUUGGGUGUAAUUAAUUCCAUUGGGGCAUAAUUAACUUUACUGAGAAAGUCAGCAGGUGGAAAACACCCACAAAAAAUUCCUUGUUUGUGUAGUAUCACAAUAAAAAGCACUGAUUCUCCUUCUUAGAUGAUGGGAGUUAGAAAAAACUCCAGUGAAGGAUGUGAAGCUUCACUAAUAUGACAUAGUGAGAGAGAAGGCAAUCAGGCCUCCAGAAAGGACUGCUUAAUUCCUCAGUCUUAUAUGUGUUUUAUCAAGCUUCUUACUCUCCACUGCCAUGACUUUUAAAGAGACACGUAUAGUCCAUGUAGGGGGCUGCUUCUGUUUCCAGUGAAGUCAAUGGCAAAAAUCCCAUUAACUUCAGGGAGCACAGGGCUGCGUCCAAAACUGUAAAUAUAAAAGUGUUUGUAUAGCUGACACAGUUCAAAAGGGGAUCUUUUUUUUUUUUGUGUAAAAAUGACAUUCCAUGCUAUCAUUUUAUUUUUAGGAUAUUUUUAUCUUGUAUUUUUCUAUUAAAGUAUCUAUUUUUGCUUUGGUAGGAUUAAAAAUUAAGGAAGAGGAUGUUUUGAAGACUUAUUUUUUAUGAUAGAAGUAACAUGCAGGGAAAGUCAACAGCUGUAAAUAUGUUUUAGAACUAGUAUUUAGGGAAGGAGAAGUGACUUUAUCAAUAGUAACAGACUUUUUGCCCUACUUUCUUUCCCAGACAUGUGCAACAUUCAAAUAGUUAUUUAAAAAAUAUACAUGCAGUAAUUGAAUUGUCCAUGUGAUGAUGGACCUGAUCCUGAAAAUAAUGAACUUUUCACAUGUUAAAUAGUUCUACAUUAGUCAGUGAGACUAAAUAUUUGUGUAUGUACAAUUAAACACCCAAGGAACUACCUUCAGGAAUUGGGGUGGUAAAACACUGCUCUAGGGCUGACUUCAGUCCUGCUGCUGUCGGUAUCCCUUGGACUUUUGCCAUUGACUUUACCAGGAAUAAAACUGAAUCUGUGAUGAAUUAGCUACUAACAUGUUAUUUUAUACUAGACAAAGGAGAGCUCUGUGCUUUCUAGU